CAGACGUUCCGCUGAGACUAAACAGUGUUACAGGUUGACAGUUGUUUGUGUACGAGUGAUCAGCUGUGGCUGGCUGCUGCUCCUCCCAGGUGGGUGAGGCCUAGGAGGCCUCCAGCUCCAUCAAGAUGUUUGGCACCAACAGUUGUAAUCGAGGAGCAUUUCUGGAGGCAACCAGAGAGGCCAGAGAAGAGCGGGCGGCGGAACGAAGACGUGACGAGGCAGCUGUUAAGGUACAGGCUGUUGUACGUGGCUGGCUUGUACGCUGCUCACUAGAUAAGAAGAUCAGGUGCUGAUGCAGAAAAUGCCACACAUAAUCCCUCACACAGAGAGAGUUCUACUCUUCAGAAAACAUGUCAAUAAUGAAAAGCUUGUUUUAGGGCUAACUGAUGCUGCCUGUGCGACUCCUCAUUCCACCCUCAUCACAGUACACCGUUCUCGCCUUGUUGAGGAUGGAUAUAGACAGCUGGCAUCUCUCUCUCCUCGAUCACUCAAGGGCAUGAUACGGGUCCGUUUCAUCAAUGAACAAGGCUUAGAUGAAGCUGGCAUUGACCAAGAUGGAGUUUUCAAAGAGUUCCUGGAGGAGACGCUUAAGAGAGUAUUUGACCCGUCCUUAAACCUGUUCCGCCUUACCAGCGAAGAGCGACUCUACCCAUCUCCUACGUCCUCCAUGACAGAAAAUCACCUCCUGUUAUUUGAGUUUACUGGACGUAUGUUGGGUAAAGCUGUGUACGAGGGUAUUGUGGUGGACUGCCCCUUUGCCUCCUUCUUUCUGAGCCAAGUGCUGGGUGAGCAGCAGUCUGCUCUCUACUCCUCCAUUGAUGAGCUGCCGUCACUUGACCCAGAGCUGUACAAGUCAAUGACAUAUAUUAAGCACUACGACGGGGAUGUAAUUGAGCUAGAUCUGACCUUUUCCUACGAUGAGGACUAUUUGGGCCAGAUUAUCACGCACGAAUUGCGGCCUGGGGGUAAGGUGGUACCUGUGACCAAUGACAACAAGAUUGUCUACAUCCACCUGAUGGCACACUUCAAGAUGCACACACAGAUCAAGGACCAGACGAAGGCCUUCAUCCGAGGCUUCCGUUCCAUCAUCAAUCCCGAAUGGCUUUCACUCUUUUCCAUCCCAGAGUUCCAGAGGUUGAUCUCUGGUGACAAUGUGGCGGUGGACCUCAAAGAUCUGCGCGAGAACACACUGUACUACGGAGGCUUCCAUGACAAGCACCGUGUCGUCUGCUGGUUGUGGGACAUUCUUGAGCGAGACUUUAAAGAGGAGGAACGAGCACUUUUUCUGAAGUUUGUGACGAGUUGCUCUAAGCCGCCACUCUUAGGAUUUACACACUUAGAACCUCCAUUUUCUAUCCGCUGUGUUGAAGUUGGAGAUGAUGAAGACACAGGUGACACCAUUGGCAGCGUCAUCCGAGGCUUCUUUGCCAUACGUAAACGUGAUCCUGUGAACCGCCUUCCUACGUCAUCCACUUGCUUUAAUCUUCUUAAACUGCCAAAUUACCAGCGGAAAAGUACUCUCAGAGACAAAUUACGUUAUGCUAUUACUAGUAAUACAGGAUUUGAGUUGUCCUAAGAUUGCUAUAAGAACUAAGUAAGAAGAAUAUUCUCUUAAAAUUUAUACUCAUUUGUAUGCAUUUUUUUGUUAUUGAAGUGUUGGGUGUUCCAGUACAGUGCAAUACCUUACAUUAUUGUACAGUACAUUAUACUGUAGUACAGUACAGUACAGUAUUGUGAAAGUGAACAUCUGCUGUAAAAGGUUUUAAUGUAUUGCCUUCCCUAUUACAGUAAAUCCUCUGUUUACACCAGGGAUACAUUACACCUGACCCUCGCUUUAUGCUAUGGCUGUGUUCUGUGACAACACAGCAUAAUGGGAAUCCACAUAUAGUGAAUAAUUAAUCUUAUGGGGAAAAUUAGAAUAUGUUCUACAACUACUAAAAGUCAACAGAAAUGCUAUAAAGGUUGUGAAAAAAUUAUAACAAUACUCUAAUGUUGGUUAGAAAUGAAGAUAAUUUAAUAUAAAACUAUAAAUUAAGACAUAUGAAGAGCAUUAGUGUUUGUGUGGAAAGUGAAAGCGUGUGUAGUGGCUGACUCACCACUCCAGCCACGUCCCAUGACGUCACAUACAGUACAGUACACACGCACACACACUGUGCCACAUUUCACAACCUUUUUUGAAGCAUUAGUGUUAUAAAUGUUGUAGAAUAAUCAUUAAAAUACUCUAAUGUGGCUUAGAAAUAAAUAUACUGUAAUAUAAUAUAAUAUAAUAUAAUAUACAGUAAUAUAAUGUAAUAUAAUAUAAUAUAAAAUAAAACUAGUGCACCAUAUCUUCUACAGAAUGCUUAAUAGGGAAUCUUUUCUGCAUAAAAUGCAUUAUGGGUAGAAAUGGGUCGCCAGUAUCAACGUAAAUUCACAUAUAGUGAAUGAGCAUAAAGCAAGGGUCCAGUGUACUGGCAAAUAUGACGUUGAGUCAAACAAAGUAAAUUUAACAUUAUUUUUACCCUUGAAUUCAUAACAAAAAAUCAACUUACAUUCCUUGGGGUCAUCUUUUGGUCAAAAUUUGAAGAAAAAAUAUAAUUUAACACCCAAAAAUAUAUUAUAAAAUGUUUUUAAUAUCUCUGCUUUAUGUUAUUCUAUCAACAGUUAACCCUCUCAUGGUCUUUCUAUGUUAGUGUCCUGUGCUGGCCCAAACCCCCCGCUUGGCCGUAUCUCACACUGAGAGCAUCCCAUCCAUAAGCAGAAUGCUAGAACAGUCCUAUCAACCACCUAAGUUCCUCCAACUAGCAUUAUGGGCUGGCAGAUGCAUCUAUAAGGGUGCAAUUUGGGUCUGAUAUCUCUACACAGUGUUUAAUAAAAUGGAAAAUGGUUCCUGUUACCAUCGCAACCUGCGUCAAAAGACCGCAAGGAGGUGAAAUUGUAAACUCUAUUUGCGGUGAAGACCGUGAGGCUUUGUCACCAGAGGGUUAACACUGAUUGCUAAGGGUUCCCUUCAGCUAAAUAGAAUCUUAUGACGUUAUCCCGAAUAAAAUCCUUAAAGUCAUUGAUAGCGCUCGGAGGGUUAAUGAAGUUACACUUUAAGUGUACAGUUUUCUCUUAUUUUAUCAACAUUAGCAUUAUCACCGGGGUAACUGAUCACUCUGCCAACAUCCACAGCUCAAUUCUCCAUCAUCACACCAUUUUUAGCUCAUCAGUUUUUACCUCUAAAUUAAUGGUUUACCUCUGGUCUUCUUUUAUGCUGGGUAUCACUGGUCAUGUACUGUACAGAGCUUUACUAAGUUUAACAAGUGAAAAAUCACAGUAAAUGUACAAGACUCAUUAAAUGGAUCUUAACCAUUUGCUGACACCACUGAUCCUGAGUCUGUAAUGGACCCAGACAGGGUAGUGUAGAGGGCACAGUUGGACCAUCGAGUGUAUCUUUGGUUUACGUAAACUUUUAAUUCAAACUACCAGUAUAGUAAUUAAACAAUUGUGUUUAAUAGGACAGGAUAAAACUUUAAUAAUACUGUACAGAAAACAAUGUGUUGGUGUUUUAUUAGUACAGUACAGUAAUUACAGAAUAUGCACAAGACCUUAUUAUUGUUAAAGAAAAUUUGAUUAAUACAGUACAGUGCAGCACUGUAUAUAUAGUGCAUACUCACCAUUACUCUACCUUGGAUGAGCUCUAGCAAAGCUAGUGAUCACUUUAUUUAUGCAAAUGUUUAUGUUUCUAUAAACAUUCAACAAGGAGAGACCAUGUAAUGUGUCUUGUUUUACUGUAGAGCGCAAGUAACUUUGGGGAUUCCUCACUUGACUGAAGGAACACUCACAUGAAGUGACUGGUAAGGUUGCACUGACUUGCAGGAUAAUAUAUAUGUUGGGGUAGAAUAAAAGGGAGGUUUGCCUGAAUGUAGCUGUCAGGCUGUUGGGCAGGUCACACUCCCAAGCAUUCCAUUUCAGCUGUUUCAAGACACUCUGGUGAAGGAAGAUCACUGACUCUUUGUACUUCAGAACCUUUAUUCCUCCAUUCUGAGUCAUUCAUCAAUAAAGAUAAAUAAGAGAGAGCCCCAGAAGAGCUUGUUGUUGACCUAGUGAGAAACAAGUUUUGAGUUCACAUACCAAAUAGUCAAUUAAAGGAAUUGCGAUGAUGCAAUGGAGAUAUUCAUUGGGGGAAACUACUGGCAUGUUAGGUGUCAAUAUCGUGUCCUUGAAGGCUUACACUGAGAGGUUUUAUAUAACCAAGUACAUUGAAGCACAUAGUAAGUGACAAUGGAAAUUCACUUUACAUAAUUGCAAGGAACAGUAAUUUUCCUUUAAAAAUGGACUCCAAGUUCUAUGAUUCUCUGCCCUCACCAAUAUUUAGCAUAGUUUCUGAGAGCACAUAUUGACUACAGUAAAACCCCGAGUACUGGACUAAUUAAGCCACAACUAUGUCGUUACUCAGGCGUCCGUAUCAGCAGGGAGGCACAACUGUUCAAAACAACAGCCAGCAUAUUACACUAACACAUCUUGGCUUAUUUAAGUUCAUAAUAAAUUUGUUCAAGUAAAAUAAUCAUACUUCUGAUAAACUUUCAGUAAACUCCAUUGUUUUAUAUUGAAAGUGUUAAUAGAUGUAGGUAAGAUUCUUGAUUCUAGAAGCUUUCAGAGCAGCAAAAAAAGAUUCUUGAAGGUUCCCGAGUCCUGACGUACGUAUGUAUGUGGCAUUGACGGCCAUGUGCAGUGUAAGAUGACGUGGAUGUGUACAGUAUACCUCGGGCAAUGAAGUGGAUACGUUCACGUAAUUCAUUUUAAUCUCAUAAACUACGUUGUCAUAGGUAGAUUUAACAGUGAGUAAAAGAAUAUAGGUUCCAGUCCUUCAUUAUUCUGUAUUAUGCAUCCCCCCAGAAAUGGACAAAAAUGCUAUAAUUAGCAGUGAAAAUAAUAUAUAGCACAUCAUAAAAUACAAUAGCAUCCUAUGGAUGAUGUCGAGAGUUGGGGGAGUUCAGACAGCCAACCGAGUUGAGAGACGUAUGGCUGUGACGUCACUUUUGGGAGAGCAUGAUAUAUCCACACAUACAUUCACCUCCCACAGAGAAUACUGGACUGGUCACACUCAUGCCCUUCAUUUAUCUUUUUUAUAGUUUUAUAUUAUAUUUCCAUUAUUUCUAAGUCACAUUAGAAUACUGAAAUGAUUUUCCCACAACUUUGCCAGUUUCAUCCCAUGAAUCAGUGGCAACAUGCAUAGCCAUCUCAAGGCCACAGCUGUUAUGUACUGUAGUGAAGAUUAUGUGGUUGGGUAUAGGGAACCACUUUCACUUUCAGUGGAGAUGAAGUGGAUCACAUUUAUGAUGUGCUUACAGUAUUCAGAGUUAUUUUUCAUUUAUUGUAGUGUAUGAAAGAAAGAACCCAUAAUUUAUAUACAGUAUAUAUUUAGAUAUACAGUAGAGUCUGCAUUUACGCGGUCAAUUGAACCCGUGGAGGUCCGCGUAAAACGAGAAACGCGUAAAUGAAAUAA